AUGACGUUGCUGAUACUUGAUGUUAACAUGAUACUAGAUACUGUAUUAUUCAUAUGUGCCUGGAUGACUUUUAUUAUGCUGUACCUGCAGUAUCAAAAAGAGCAACGUGAGAAAGGAGACAGCAUGGUUGACGAUGACACCUCGUUGUCUAAGCAGGAGCUUAUCUUCCAAGACACAAGUCUUUUUGCCUGCUUGGGUUUUUCUCAUGACGAAGUGACGAACUUUACAUCAUUCACCGAUCGCUUUUCAAGUUUUGAUGGCGUCGCAUCGGCAAUAAAGCGAGCAGGUCUUCACACUAGUCAUCUUAUUGUUGGGAUUGAUUUCACCGCCAGCAACGAAUGGCAAGGGAGGAAGGUCUUUGGAAAUAAAUCGCUUCAUCAUGUCUCUGGAAAUAAGAUUGUAAAUCCUUAUCAGAAAGUUAUUGCAAUAAUCGGAGGAACUUUGGAAAAAUUUGACAGCGAUAACCUGAUUCCGGUGUAUGGAUUCGGAGAUACGGAAAGUAAAAAUGUGAGUAUCUUCCCAGUGAAAAAAGAUUGGACUCAGUGUCGAGGAUUUGGUGAAGUUCUUCGCUGCUACAAUGAAAUAGUUCCAAACAUUAAACUCAGUGGACCAACCAGUUUCGCGCCAGUGAUAAACAAAGCUAUAGAGCAUGUCCGAAACACUAAUUUGUAUCACAUACUUUUGAUAAUCACAGAUGGACAGCUGAAAAAUGAUAAAUCAACGGUGGAGGCGAUCGUUGAAGCAUCCAACUAUGCAUUGAGCAUCAUACUCGUCGGUGUUGGCGACGGCCCCUGGGGUACUAUGCGGCAAUAUGACGACAUGCUUCCAAAACGGAAAUUUGACAAUUUUCAGUUUGUUGAUUUUCAUAAAGUGUGCGCUAAAUCGAAAUAUGCUGAGCCAGCAUUUGCCUUGCAUGCAUUGAUGGAGGUUCCAGACCAGUAUAAAGCAAUAUGUGAACUAGGCUAUCUAAAUGUGCCUAAAGAUAAAUACAUCUAA